CCUGUUCUACGUGCCCAAGUAUGGGAUUACAGAUUUUUGCUAAGCAGCCGUUCUUCCCUAAGCUUUCCCACCGUGUCGGAAUUUGAGAAGAGCAGGAAGGGGCGGCUAAUAGUGCGGCGGUGGGAGGUGACAAAGAAGGUCUAGCCUUCCACCCCAGUCUCGAAGGGGGAGCAGAAAAUAAAGGCCGGUAAUGGUAGUGCUUUAAGAGUAAAGAUUGCUAUUAUCUUUUAAAAUCUAAGACUGCUGGAGUUGCAGUUGCAGAACAUUUUUUUUCUUUGUGUCCCAUUAUUGGGUUUUAGGAAGUAGUGAUAACAACAACACAUACGUUCUGUUUGGAUCCCGGCUUACGUGCCUCUAUUUGUAAAUCUACGACCGCUAGUGCGCAUGUAAAGUGAUGGGGCGUUCUUUGUCAGGCUAACACCUCUGCUUCCUUUUAUCUAAAACAAGAAGAGGAAAUCGGCAGGAUCGAGGAGAACGGAAGGGGAAGUCUGAGAAGGCCUUCAUGCACAGAAGCCUGAUUGCUUUGAUAUCCUGGGAAAUUGACAGAAAAUGCAAAACAGUGAAGUAAUAAAGCCUGCCAAAUACUUUUCUGAAGUGGAGAAGAGUGUGCUGCUGGCAUUAGUUGAGAAAUAUAAAUAUGUACUUGAGUGUAAAAAAAGUGAUGCAAGGACUAUUGCACUGAAACAACGGACCUGGCAGGCCCUUGCUCAUGAAUAUAAUUCCCAACCAAAUGUAUCACUCCGAGACUUCAAGCAGCUGAAGAAAUGCUGGGAGAACAUCAAGGCUCGGACAAAGAAAAUAAUGGCACAUGAAAGACGAGAUAAGGUAAAAAGAUGUAUUAGUCCACUUAUAAGUAAUCACAUCCUAGGAAAAGAGAAGAUCACCAACAUGAUACCAGAGCAAGUAUACUUUUUACAGACUCCACCAGAAGAAGAUUCUGAGUAUCAGCCUGAAGCUUCCAGCCAAGAAUCAUUCAGUGUUAUAAACAGAGAACCAUGUGAUGAAGAGAAAGAACUUGUACAUUUCCAGGUAUGUGAAGGUACCUCACAGUCUGAGCCUUCCUGUUCAGCAGUCAGAGUAACUGGCAAUAAAAACUUCAGAAAUAAAGCUGCUCAAGAAAGUGAUUUGAAAAAGAUGCAUGAGGAGGAACACCAUCAGCAAAUGUCUAUUUUGCAGUUGCAACUGAUACAAAUGAAUGAGGUGCAUGUGGCAAAAAUUCAGCAGAUAGAAAGGGAAUGUGAGAUGGCUGAAGAAGAACACAGAAUCAAGAUGGAAGUGUUCAACAAAAAGAAAAUGUACUGGGAGAGGAAACUUCAAACUGUUACAAAAGAAUGGCCUGUUCCAUCUUUUAACAGGCCAUUCCCUAAUUCACCCUAAUACAUGCAGCAGCCAGUGGUCCAUCAGACUGAAGUGACUUGAUCAUUAGAAAACAGUUCAAGGGUUAGGUUCAAUUCCUGUGUUUAGAAUGACAGAAUAGCUGUCUGUUGGCUGUGAACAAAUGUCAAGAAGGACCUAAAAUAAGGUUUAGGUAGGUUUUAAUUUAAUAAAACAACAAAGAAAUCUCCAUUUUUUUGGAGGCAAAAUGUUGAUGUAACUCCUGAUGGGACUUCCAGGUAUACCCAGUAAACGCAGUCUUUUCCAUGGUGGCCAGUUUGUUCCAGCUGGGUAUUUUAUGUUAUUUUAUUUUUGUAGCUGAAUUUUUCAAUUAUUUAUGGGUGAAGGUAUCUUAAGGUACAGUUGUUAACAGUUGUACAGUGACCCAGUUGAAUUAUUAAGCAAGGUGGAAAGGGUGAUAAUUCAGCACUUGCUGUACAAGAAAAAACAAUUAAAAGCUUUCCAACAACUGUCUGAUUGGCUGUCUGUUCAGUCAGUUAAAAUUGUGGAAUCCUAGGAAAGUGUGUUCCCCCCUUUCUCCCUUCACUUCUGUCCUGACAGACAAUCUAGUCUGUUGCCCUUGAUUUGCGCUGCAUGGCACGAUCAGCCCACCAGCUGGUAAAACUCAUUCUGGCAUCUGGCCUGCAGCAAAGAAAAACAGCCCAUUUCUAUUUGCAGCCCAG